AGAAGGUUCUAUGGAACGAGACACAUGCUCGCCAUGCGCUGAGCCAAGAUUUGGCCAAAGCCGGGCUUCCUACACUCACCGUCUGUCGCCAUUCGGUCGACAAGGCCGAGAAAUGCUGCGUCUGCCAGCACAACAAAAGAUGCAUCAGAGACGACGUUCAACACUGUGGAUGAAGAAAUUCUCGGAGUCCGCGCCUUUGGCGACCAUGAAAAAGUCUGUCAUGGUUUGGAGAUAGCGAGUGCUGUCUUCACUUCGCAGACCAUGGCCGACAUCCUGCCUGUGUUCGACGUGAUCAACGCCACGGACCAUGUCAUCAACGACAGCUGCGGCAUGCACAUCCAUGCUGGCUUUACGGAUGGUCUAUCCCAUAUAGAGGCCAAGAAAAUUAUCACCGUGGUUGCCUUGGUUGAAGGCUGCUUCAUUAGGCAGAUUCUGCCGGCUGAUCGUCUUGAAUCGCUGUUCAUCGACCCAAUUUCCACCGAGUCCAAUCUGAGCACCGAAGCGCACCGUGCAGCCUUGUUUGAGGCUGCACAGUCUGCUUCACAAACUUUACUUCCCGUGACGGACAAGAUGCGAGCUCACCUGCCGCGUAGUGUGCUUGAGAUGCGAAAGCGAGGAUGGAACAAGACCACUGGCCACCUUCAACUCAAGAACCUGAUCAAGACCAUCUGGCACACGAACAACAUGUACGAGCUUGCUCGCGGUAUCCUCAUCAAAGGCGGCAAUAUGCGCGGCGGUGCUGCCAUUUGUCUCCGUCUGCCACACAACUUGAAGAGGGUGAGCCUGCGCAACCCCCUUCGGGAUGAUCUUCCAGUCAAGACCCCGUCGUCGAUUGAGUUUCGCUACCCGCCCAUGAAGGCCGACAAAGACCACUUCAAGCUGUGGAUUGAACUCGCCAAGACAAUCAUGAAUUUCGGUAAGAUGACUGACACGGUCUACUCUCAACGACUUGACCGUCUUGUUGGUGUUCUGAAUGGAUGUUCUGCUAUUGGGCAGACAUGGACGCUUGUUCUCAUUGAGCUUGGCCUAGGCGAGCGAGUCGAGGCUUGGAAGGCACACAAGCGCGGCGAUCAUUAGAGUGCGCAGUUUUCAAUAUGUCAUGUUUCUCACGGUAAGAUAGAGGUAGGUUGCCAGUAUUGUCGCGAUUUCAUUUCUUGCUAGGUUCGUAUGACUCUCAAUCAAGACUGACUAAAACAGACCAGUUGCCAACCAGUAUCCGUCCUAAGCCACAAAGUACAGGAAAACAUUUUCAUAUCCUCGACACCCAUCUUGGGGGUCGUAUCUCGUUUUCUCUCAGUGUUCCAGUUCCCAUCCUUCUCGUUGUCAAGAUAGACAGACAUGCCAAGUUCUUCAUAGAC